CGCCCGCCUCCCCGCUCCAUGAAUGAACCGCGGGGGAGGGCCGGGGGUCGCUUUCGUCUGCUCUUUCCUCGGCGUCCUCGCCCUCUCGGCGCCCGCCACCACCACCAUCCGGGGAAGGAAAGCCCAGCCCCGAAUCCACUAGCCCCCCUCCCCUAUUAGUACCCCGCUCCCACCAAGAAUCUCCCCCAACUCCUCCCUCCCCGGUCUCCGGCCAGUCCAUCCACCGAAUCCGCCGGACGCGCUGAGCCUCCCCCGACCUCUCCGAACCCGCCGGGCAGUCCAGGAUGGACUGCAGGAUGGACGGAUGUGCAAUUGGUUCUAACGGUUCUGGCAGCAAGUCAUGCGGGCCGCUGUCGGACUACCGCAUUCCAGACUACAUACUAAAGCCGGACUCUGAACGGGUCAUCGUUGAUAAUGCACCAUCUUGUCCCGUGGUAGUCUUCAUCAACUCUAGAAGCGGUGGCCAACUUGGAAGUGGUUUGAUCAAAUCAUACCGGGAAGUUCUCAAUGAAGCACAGGUUUUUGAUCUCUCUGAAGAGUCCCCUGACAAGGUGCUGCACAGGUUGUAUGCCAACUUCCAAAGGCUCAAGUCCAACGGUGACCUUCUUGCUAUUCAAAUAGAGAAGAGCCUGAGACUAAUUGUUGCUGGUGGUGAUGGCACGGCAAGUUGGCUGCUUGGAGUAGUUAGUGAUCUUAAGCUUACACACUCACCCCCUGUCGCUACUGUGCCUCUGGGAACCGGAAACAACCUUCCUUUUUCAUUUGGAUGGGGAAAGAAGAACCCAGCUACUGACCAAGAGGCAGUGAAAUCCUUCCUUGGGCUAGUGAAAGAAGCAAGAGAAAUGAGCAUUGAUAGUUGGCAUAUCAUCAUGAGGAUGCGAGUUCCACAGGAAGGUCCAUGUGAUCCUAUUGCUCCCUUAGAGCUGCCUCAUUCACUGCACGCGUUCCACCGUGUAACUGGCUCUGAUGAGCUCAAUGUGGAGGGUUACCACACAUUCCGUGGAGGAUUUUGGAAUUACUUUAGUAUGGGAAUGGAUGCUCAAGUGUCGUAUGGGUUCCACUCUGAAAGGAAGAAAAAUCCAGAGAAGUUCAAAAACCAGCUAUCGAAUCAGGGUACAUAUGCUAAGCUUGGACUUAAACAAGGAUGGUUUGCUCCUUCUCUAACCCAUUCCUCUUCAAGGAACAUUUCGCAACUUGCAAAGGUGAAGAUCAUGAAAAGACCUGGUGGCAAAUGGGAAGAGCUUAAAAUCCCCAGCAGUAUUCGAUCGAUUAUCUGCCUCAAUUUGCCAAGUUUCUCGGGAGGAUUCAAUCCCUGGGGAACCCCUGGGACGAGGAAGAAACAAGACAGGGACCUGACUGCACCUUAUGUUGAUGAUGGACUCAUUGAGGUUGUCGGCUUCCGUGAUGCCUGGCAUGGUCUCGUUUUGCUGGCCCCUAAUGGACACGGAACUCGUCUAGCGCAGGCUCAUAGGAUCCGGUUCGAGUUCCACAAAGGAGCAGCAGACCACACGUUCAUGAGGGUCGACGGUGAGCCAUGGAAGCAGCCACUCCCCAGCAACGACGAGACUGUCGUCGUCGAGAUCUCCCAUCUCCGUCAGGUCACCAUGCUCGCCAACGGCCACUGCAAGUCGAAGAGCGUCGAGGAACCCCCGACCCCGUCAAGCCACGGGCAUGAGAAUGACGACAGCGACAGCCUGGAGGACGAGGACGAGUGGAAGGAGGGAAGGAAGAAGUUUGGCGCUGCGGACACCUUCAAGUUACCUGAUGAGGUCGACAUUGCGCAUCUUAGCUGAGUGAUUAGUCGAGGUUCCCGCGACUUGUUGAUAUGGUUGAGAUUUCAGAAUGCUCGCUACUGCUGGCAGUGAUUAUUCCCCUUUGUUAUGGUGUUAAUUUCGGAGCUUAAAUAGUAGCCUUGUGUAUACCGGCAAUAUUGACUAACCGCAAAAAUGGCAAGUGUUCUUUUGUUGGAA